AUGGAACGCUACUUUAAGAGAAGGUUCGCAUCAACUACUUCUAGUUCGGAUAAUGUGGGUAGUUCGAGUUCGAGAGAUGUGGGUAUUUCGAGAGACGUGGAUAGUUCGAAAGAAAGUGAGUUGCAAGAUAUCUUGGCUAAUCUUAUUGUAGACCCUGGACUUCGACCUCAAAUGUUGGAUUAUGAUCCUAACAUUCGAGAUGAAGUUCGAAGGGCAUAUCUACAAAAUGGUCCAUGUCAACCUAAGGAUCACACAUUUCCACAAACUGAUCUUUCAGGGUAUGAUCGAUGCUUUAAUGUCAAGUGGUUUGAUGAGUUUGACUGGUUGGAGUACAGUAUUAGUAAAGAUACUGCUUUUUGCCUUUAUUGUUCUCUCUUCAAAUCCAAUUUUAGAAUUGGUCAAGGGUGUAGUGACGCCUUCACUGAGAUGGGUUUUAAGAAUUGGAAGAAAGAUAAUAUUAGGCAACAUGUUGGAGCUGUUGGAAGUGUUCAUAAUCAAUCUAGACAAUAUUGUGUGGAUCUUAUGAAUCAAAAGCAACACAUCCGAACAGUUUUGAUAAAGCAAUCAGAGCAAGCUUGUCUUCCUUUUCAUGGGUAUGAUAAGAGUGACACUACAAGCAACAAGGGGAAUUAUUUGGAGCUCUUCCAAUUUCUUGCUGAUCAUGAUGAGAAAGUGAAAGCCGUUGUGUUAGAAAAUGCUUCCGGGAAUCUUAAGUUAAUAGCUCCAACAGUUCAAAAAGAUCUUGUGAAUGCUUGUGCCACUGAAACUAUUAAGAAAAUCAUUAAGGAUAUGGAUGGUGCAUUCUUCUCUUUAUUAGUUGAUGAAUCACGUGAUGUGUCAAUAAAAGAACAAAUGGUGGUGAUGUUUCGUUAUGUAGACAAAAAUGGGGAUGUAAUUGAGAGGUUUGUGGGCAUUUAA